AGGGCUGCUGAUAGUAACAGGAUUCAACUUCUGAUCUCAGGAGCACCAAGUGCGGCUUGAGAAACAGGACAGAAAUGAUUCUAACAUGAUGUGACAAGGACAGAAAGUAUGGUGGGAAAAAAGGAGAGCACUAACUUAGCUAGAGAGUUGGGAGAAUGUUUUCACAUGGAGGUGAUGCACUGGUUUCAAAGAAUGAAGAGGAGUCGUCCAAGUGAAGCGGAGUGGGGAGAAGGAAGGACAUUCUAAGCAGAAGUGCUCACCCCCUGGUUUCCGGGGACCAGUGGGAAAUAUACCAAGAAUAAAUCUCACAAUUUUUUUUCUUUAUCGAUAUUCUCAGGAUAUCCUAAGACGCCUAAAACUAAAUUACCACUUGCGAACACAUUAGAUGCCGGGACUGUGGAGAUUUAAGGGAGUCAUAUUGCUCUGCACCUUGAAGAAGUUGACAGGACUCAUCCACACGGUGAAGUCAGCAGAGCAUUUGAUGCUCCUUCCUUGAGUCCCACCACCCUUCACCUCGGACACCGUUUUCCUUCUAUGUCUGCCCGUUAAGCCGCACCCCAGUGAGAAAAUGAACAACAUUCCAAGACUCAGAGCAGGCUUCAGGGACAGAGAGGAGCCGCAAGAGGGCGCUGCUCCCUUCAGCUUGUGGUUUGACACAAAUUUCAUCUUUCCUUUCCGCACACAUCUCUUUGUUCUGCCUGUGGCCUGAUUUGUAGAGCAGUUUGCCAUGCUUAACACGUGAGUCAAGAUUUUGUAGAAGAUUCUGCCAAAGAAUCAACAACAUAAAGAAAUAUACCUCUCGGUUUGGAUAUCUCUCAACAAAACCUUCUACUGCUUCUCAGCCAGCCAUGCUGUUUGCUUCCUGCUCAGGACUUGUGAUCUUGUUGAUAAUCAGAAGGACCAAUGGAGACUCAGUGACCCAGACAGAAGGUCCAGUUACCCUCCCUGAGAGGGCAGCUCUAACAUUAAACUGCACUUAUCAGACCAGCUAUUCAGCUUUUAUAUUCUGGUAUGUCCAGUAUCCAAACAAAGAGCCUGAGCUCCUCCUGAAAAGUUCAGAAAACCAGGAGACGAACAGCAGAGGUUUUCAGGCCAGUCAUGUCAAGAGUGACAGUUCCUUCCAUCUGGAGAAACCCUCGGUGCAGCUGUCGGACUCUGCCGUGUACUACUGUGUUCUGAGAGACACAGUGGGAGGGACUGCAGCGAGAGCCCAGCACAAACCCCGGGGGCCGCAGGUGGGGCCUGGGUGUCAGCGGCUUUGGGAGGGGGCGUUAUUUUCUGUCUCCAGGGUUCUACCCUGCAGCCUUCCUCCAUGUAAUUCCAGCUCUGAUUCUUUGGUGCCAAGAAGCCAUGGAGAUUUUACAUUACACCACACAGAGGAAUUGGGGGAGGAACAGUCUAAAGCAGAACCUAAGCUCUGUUUUCUAGAAAUGCUUCUGUCCUCAGUCCAGAUGUCUCUUCUUCCCCUCAGAUGGCAUACAUUCCUGAGAAGUGACAUUAACUUGCUAUGUGACAGUUCAGUUGGUCUAUGCUGAAAUACUUCAUAACCUGUCAGUAAAAACUCUAAGGGAAAACAGUUCAUGGACUAAUGAUCACCUUGAAUCUACUCCCUUGUGUUUACAAUGGAGACCAAGGUGGUUUGUCUUGCUGAGUUUCACCUGCAGAAACUCCAUCUCCAUGGACUGCGGCAUUUGUCCUCUCUUGCCUUGACUUUUCCUUCUCUUGUGGUUGCUAAGAAAUUCUGCUACCUGAGUAAGUUCUAUGAGGAGAGUGUGCUGAUGAGAGGCUUUCCUUGUGUUACCAGCACUGUGGUUUCAGAGCAGCCCAGUCAGUAAAGGCUGCAUCCAUGGCAUGUCUUGCCCACACUGUUUACACCUCUCCACACUGAUCUUCCUGUUGGCCUGGCAGCUGUUUAUUGUAACACUAAAUCAUGACCUGGAUUUUUGACUUGAGGAUCUGUGUUAUGAGAAAUUCUGGAUUUGGGACAUUACUUUAAUUUGGGAACUAACAUUUUUAUCAUUGCAUUUAUGCCCAUGAUCCUUCUAAAUUGCAUCAAAUUUAGCAGCCAAGAAAGACUUUAUAAAAAAGAGGUGAAUGAACAUGGAGUUUUGUUCACUGGGACCCGAAAUGGAGAAAAUAAUCUCAUAAUUCUCUAUAUCAAAGAGCAUAAAACAGAAAUGUGGGCCCCUCACCAAAACUCUCAGAAUGUAGCUCACCACGAGAAAUUAUUCCUAAUAUUUGGAGUUCUGUGAGACUUGUUUUUCCUUUUUCUAUCCUGCAUGAUCCUGUGAGUUUUACACAUAAAAAGGUACAGGUUUUUGCAGACC